CAUUCCGACGCCGACGACCAAUCAGCGGCGGGGACUAUAAUAUUUGAAUCUGAGGAGAGCCGAGAGGCGGUUGGGGGGUCGACGCUGGAGCGGGGAGGCCGCGUUUGAAAACAGCAAGAUGGCUGCCACUUUUGCUGCUCGGUACAAAAAGGACCUAAGUACGGAGGCCUUGAAGACAAAACUUGCCCACCGAAAGUCCAUUUCCCAAAAGGAGAGCAGACACAAGGAAUUUAAUAAAGGCAGGCAGUUUGGACUCAUUGAUGUCAACACACAGGCAUCAAGAAAUGGUGAGCCUUCACUGCUGGAGGAGUCAGGUGAAGGAUACUUCCUAAGGAGCAGCACAAAGCCAAGCCAGAAAUCAAGUGUUUCAGCUAAGUCUCGCGAACAGGAGCGUUUGGAAAUGCUACAGCGUUACAAAGCUGAGAAAGAACUACGGAAGUUAAAAGAGCAGAGAAAGCCCAUAUUUAAAUGUGGGCAAUUCAAACCAGAGGCACCUGGCUUCCUUUCAAAACCAUCAAGUAUACCGGUGCUCAGCAAGCCAAGGGAGACUGUAACAAAAGCAGCAAGUGUGGAAACGCGGUUAACAAGGUCAAAGGUGAAGAACCAACUGCAAGAAUCAAUCAGACCACCAGCUAGACCACCGCAAUCCGUGAUGGUACCUAGCAAGGGUUCCACUCUGCAAACAGCUCAGCAUAACCAGAGGCAGAUCUACGUCGACAAACCCCCCAAAGAGAGGAAAGGGAUACAGCCUUCAACUUCCGCAACUGCUGCUAGAAGAGCUACAAGGGCCACCGCUGCUGCCGUGACAAAAAUACCACAGAUAUCUCGGCCCGCUGUGAGUGCAGGUUUUCCGCCGCAGAAAAGGGAAGCAAGUAACAGCAAGCAGCAGCAGAGAGGGGUCAGAAAUGCAAAGGCAACAGUGUUGAGUGGCGUGAAAGAGAAUCAUUCAGUGGAGCCUCUGAUCACCCAAAUCCCUUUGGCUACAGCCGCAAAGCUGAAGAAAGAAAACGUGGAGAAAGAAAACCUUCCAGCCCCUAUCAUCCUGGCUCCUGCACCACAAAGGAGAGAGCGCUCAUUUGCCCCUCAGAAUUUUGUGUUCAAGCCUCUGGAGGGUUUGACCGCCUACAAAGUCAAGCCAAUGUCCCCUUCCAAGGCAGAUGUAUUUCUGUCGCCCAAUCUUUGCUGGAGCCCUGCAGAGACCGCCAGCAAAGUCCCUGGAGAAGGUGCUCUGGAAGCUUUGCCACAGGACUGUGGGCUUAAACAGAAGGUCUCUAGCCCAGGAAUGACAAAGGCAGAUCUUGAGGAACAUCCAUCUGUACUUGAAUUUCCAGAUGCUAACAGAGAAUGUGUAACUGAAGAAACAAUGGAUGCGACUCCCUUUGAAAAGCAGAUCAAUGCACAGAAAGUGGAUCUGCCAGCCAGCGAUUCAUCUGACCCAGCAGGAGAGCCACCACACAAUGUGCCCUAUUUCAGAAACCUCCUUCGGUGUGAGGCAGAGAGACUGGCAUCACAUUGCCUUGAGUGGGACGGAGCAGCUGAGGCGGAUAUUCCAGAGGAUGCCAAAGAUCUUGUCCGUACCACUGUUGGGCAAACCAGGCUGCUGAUAGCCGAGAGAUUCAAGCAGUUUGAAGGGCUGGUAGAUAACUGUGAGUUCAGACGCGGAGAAAAGGAAACAACCUGUGAUGAUCUGGAUGGAUUCUGGGAUAUGGUGAACUUCCAAGUAGAAGACGUAAAGAAAAAAUUUGAGAACUUGAGGAAACUCCAGGAGAAUGGAUGGCAAAUGGCAGACAAUGUCCAGGCCAAGAGACCCCUCAAGAAGAAGGCAGCCCCUCAAAGGGCAACCAAAGCAGGGGGUGGCUCGGUUGAAAGGAGAGCAGCCCGAAAGCGCCUUGCAGCGAUAAAGGCAGCCGUGAAGAACAAGAUGAAAGCAGAAGGGCUGAUGGUGGAGGCUGCAGGUCAAGAAACCCCAAAGGAAGUGGAGAAAGUGACGUUCGAUGGAGGGUUUUUCAAAAUUGAAUCACCCAGGCCCUUCCCAGGCAGGACUCCUCAAUCUACAAGCAGGACUUCCAGGCGGAUGACUCCAAGAUCUGCCAACAGAGCCCUGCUUCAGAGCUGUGCAGAUACCUGUGUUGUAAGGCUAGGCACGCCAACCGCGUCCAACGCCAUUCCUCCUCCUUCGGAUCCAAGUGCAGUGUUGGAACCUGCCAGAACUGACCUCUGCUGCAUUUCUGAACAAUGUGACAUCCAAGCUGUGGAGGAACCCUGUGCUACAGCAGAAGACAUGGCGAAAGAAGCUGCUGAUGUACAAACAGCCACUUGUGACUGCCGAUCACCCUUGUGUGAUAUAGAUGACUUGAUUUCUACCGAUUCUCAGGGCCUGGAAGGUUCCAUUGAUAAAAUAGAAGUUCCAGAAGCUACAGAAGAGGUGAAACAGAUGAUUGCAGAUCUGGGCGAACAGGAUGUUCUUUCAUGGAGUCCCAAGGAGGAUUCCCAGCCUGAAGGAACCUGCUCCCAGGCUGAAGAACUGCCCACUCCAGAAUGUCAAACAGGUUCUCUUCUCGGUGACUUCUCCAGCGAUGCUGCAGUGCUUGAACUCCAGCCCAGCCUGGAUGAAAGCCUUUUCGUCACUCCGAGGAACCAGGCGGAGAAAUUUGUGGCCAACCCAAGCAACGACCUCAUUGUUUUCUCUCCACUUACUUAAUCAGAAGGGGCAGAAUAAGAUUGAUUUUUAUUUACAAACCGGGGUGGGUGGGGGGAGUGGGUAAAAGGAAAUUUACUGUGGUUUUUUCUGUUUUUAAGUACUCCUAUUAAAUGUUUAUUAAAGUUU